AUGGAAUCUAAUCCUUUAUCAUUACUGAAAUCAGCUUGCUCAUUCGCACCGGAUAAUACCACGCUUUCCGCGUGGAAUUCUGUGUUAUCGUACUGUCCAGAUGACCAUCAACGAAAGAACACCGGCCGUAAUGUUGGUGGCACUUCAAAGCGAUCCAACGGCAGUCGCACAAGGAACAAGGGAAAAUGUUCCGACCCGCGAAACAGGGCAAAGUUCCUGAUGGAAAAUCAAUGGGACCCUAUUGCCGCUCCGAUUACUGAGCCAAUGACACAUGCUACCGAAAACUCUGUACUCAAUGCCGAACAGGCGGUAUUUCACCCAUCCCUGGUAACUGAUUACCUCCGCACAGCACUUCUGACAGUGUCGACCACUGAGAACAAAGGAGCUCCUGGUGACGUGUUUUCGGCGAAUUCUCCUUGCUCAAUGAUGUACCCGAACGAAACGUAUCAUGAAUCAUUCAGCUCCCAGUAUCAAAAACAUCCACUAGACGAUGAGUAUGAGCGGACUCCGCAACCUCCACCACUGCAACCAAUAAACCCUUUCCCAAACUCCUUCACACAUGCCCACGAGUUUUCUGAAAAACCGCAAUCUCCGUCAGAUUUGAAGUCGGUGAUACCAAGCAGUAUGUAUCCCUUCAACACCUUACAGUGGUCAGAGGAACAGCCCUCUCAUCAUUUGCCUGGGUUAUCCAACGGAGACUAUGACAAAGACGUGGACCACAAAGUUGAAGAUAGUUGCAAAAUGCUUCGUACAAACCACGUUGUUGCUCCUUUUUGUUCUGCUCAGUUUGAAGAUUCACGUCAACCAAUAAUUGUCGACUCGGAUCAUAUUCACCCAAAUGCCAAUGCUGGGACAAUUCUGCCCUUUGAUCGUACAGUCGACAUCUUGAGGAGUUUUCCACGCAACUCUUCUACUGAUGGUGGUAGUACUGAUAAUGAUGGCAUCAGAACGAGUGCAUUUCAUUUUCCCAGACCAACAAGCAAAUCAGUUGGGAUUGCUUCUCAUUAUACUUCACAGUUCGACUAUCCAAGAGAAGACCCUACAACGACACGAAUGAAUAGUGGAGCAGAUCAACUGCCCGAGACUUUCUAUGGUGUUCCUGGUGCUCAUAGCGUAUUCAGUUCUGUGAUCAACCUAUCCGGUCUGUCUGCUGAGCAUUUUGAGAACAAAGUUGACAUAGUACACUCAACGGAAACCUUACGUCUACCUAUAAUCGGACAAUCCGUACAUCUCAAUGACAGUCCUUCUACCUUCCACGCAGUUGAUUACGAAUUCCCCAGACAAGCUGAGGUUAAAAUGUCAGAAAUGUAUUCGAAACAAACGGACCAAGAGCAAUAUUCCGUGAUAAAUGGGCCUCUUUCGCCUCACUCUGCUGUGCCUACAGAUAGGUCGCUGAGAUCAAGACAGCACGGCCCUAAUGAAGAAACCGGCUGUCCCGAACGCUUAGGGGUUGGCGUGAUUUGUCAGAAUCUACCAGUACUCCAGGUCGCACAAGAUACACCCUGGAAUCAUCCUUAUUGUGAAGAGCCGGAUAAAUCCGAAUGUAAAUUCAACGACGAUACCGGAGGGCAUGUUUCAGACCAAUGGAAUACAUCCUGUUUCAGUCCCCGGCCACUACCAGAGCGUGCCUUACUCCAUUCCACUACCCAACCUCGGCCUGUUUCGUGUGCGCCUCUCGACAGGGAGAAUGGACCAAAAUUAAACAAGGUCAUUCAAUCGCAGAGCCCGGAUUACUUCCCAAAAUGUGUCAUGAAUUCCACUAUAUCAGCUUCUAUCAAAGAAGCCGCACUGAAAUUCCAGACGAAGGAUUCAGAAACAAACUUGUCAACCCUGAAUAAAUCCCAUGUACCAGACCUAGAACCUACUGAGUGCCACCUAAACUUCGAAGGUGGUGUCAAUCAAGACAGCUUGGAAAUUUCUCCACAAAUUCGAAAAGCUGAGGUAUCCGAGCAGCAUACUGGGGUGGAGAGAAACAACGGAUCUCCCGCGAAAGAAUCCUACGAGAUAAAAUGUAGUGGAGAUUCUGAUAUAUCAAAGGUGAGUCCUCCUGGGGUUUUCCGGAAUUUUCCACCUCAUUGGCGACUUGAUCGUCUACCAGUUGAUUCAGUUUCCCAUCCAAGUCACAAUGGAUUGUACUUCCAACCCCAAUCUAAUCAAUCCAUUCCACAUAUGUUGGGAGAGAAGCAAGAAGCGGAUCCACGGAUACAGCUAACAAUUUCAUCCGAUGGAAUCUGCUACUCUGCCAACCGAUUCACUAAUUCUCAGCAACCAAACAUAUCACUAAUGCAAUUCUUCCCUGAUUCAGCGACCAGUUUCGCUUCAUUGGGUGCAGAACACUCCAGUGGAGAGUUUCCCAGUAAGCUUUCCAAUGGGAUAAAGAUGUACCACCACGCACACAAUAUGUUAUCUCAGCCUCAAAGCCCGAGUGCGCUUCCCGAUUCUUUUCGUGAGCUUGAUUCUGGUUCGCCUAGUCUGUCCUAUUUACAAGCCAACUCUGGCACCUCAGGGGAUUACCCGUCAGCUGAUGAUUUGGAGAUAUUUGCCCGAAUGUUUAAACAACGACGGAUAAAGUUGGGCUACACACAGGCGGAUGUGGGGCUUGCAUUGGGUACCCUGUACGGGAAUGUGUUCAGUCAGACUACAAUCUGCCGUUUUGAAGCCUUGCAGUUAUCGUUCAAAAACAUGUGCAAGCUGAAGCCGCUGUUACAAAAAUGGUUACAAGAGGCAGACUGCUCCACUGGAACAGCAAGCAACUUGGACAAAAUUGCAGCACAGGGAAGGAAGCGUAAAAAACGUACCAGCAUCGAGGUGAGUGUCAAAGGUGUACUUGAAACGCAUUUUGCCAGGCAGCCAAAGCCCCUAGCCCAGGAUAUUGUUCAGCUAGCGAAUAGUCUGGGAUUAGAAAAGGAGGUGGUUCGGGUUUGGUUCUGCAACCGGCGCCAAAAGCAGAAACGACUGAUUCCGUUGUCUGGAGGUGACAUGGGUAGUCCGAUUGGGGAAGAAUCAAUGCUGGAUAGUUCGGAUGAUGAGAUAGAAGUCGUGGAUCGUAAACCGCAGAAAUUAUUGAAUGGUGACGUAGAAAAUGAAAAUCAGAUGUUACCUGCAAUAUCUACUAACAGUCUGACGACAGAAGCAAACAACUGUUCGUUGGGUGAAACGACUGCACUGGAAAACGUGAACUCUUCAUCUGCACUCGAAAUUGCCUUUUCUGCCUCUGAAGGUCCAAGAGCCAAACGCAGCAGCUCCAACAAGCGAUCUAGACGUCGAUCACACAAUAUAUCCUUGGAGGAUAUUCAAAAUCACAGCCUCGCCAGAUCUAGCACAACCAGCCUUCACAGUCCCUGUCUAAGUCAUGAUGUGAAGAAUUACUCACCUUAUGGAGCCAAUAUCCUCCCGCCGUUAUACUCAACUUUUGGUCUAUCUGGCAAUCAUUUGAUCGGACAGGAGCCCCAGACGAUAUACUCCCAUUUCAACACCAGCCCAGCAGCAGCACAAAUCUCUCCAUCAGAAGGACUGCUGCACCCAUAUCCGGGCAGUUCUAACGAGCGUUCUUCCUUUGGUUGUGACAAUAUAGUUGACGAUGGUUCGGCCACAGCUAGUUUACUGGGACUGCGGAUAAAAUCGCUAUAUGCUAGCAGUUCAUCCGUUCCAUUUAACCCAACACAAGAUCACAUUCCAAAUGAAUUUACGGAAAAUCCACCUGGGGCUUUUGUGCUUCCAAAACUCAACUUGGGAUAUUUGCCUCAACCUCCUCCACCACAGGUUCCACCCGCGAACUUGCCGAACAUAUCCCCAGGUUUGUCGGUUCUAAAUUUCAGUGGAUACAACCAUCCAGAAAUGUUUCGCUAUGAGCCCCUCUGUCAGGAACAACAACCAGAUAUUUCUGCCUAUUCUGUCGUCAGUGCCAUUGGAAAUUUCGGAUCAGACCCGUACGCAACCACUUCACUCUCCAGCGGACCACUUAGCACAGGUGCCUUUUAUUAUCCCGUUGGAAACUAA